CUCAUUAAUUAUUAACCAUCUGGGUAUCUAGUUUUUGUACUCAGGGUAUUUUCAGCUCAUUUUGACACAUCAAUGAGGAUAUUAUUGUUUGAUAAUUGCACAGCACAGAGAGAGCGUGUCUGGCUUUUCUGAAUGGGAUGUAAAACAUGUGAGACAUUCUUGUAUUUCAAUGGAGAGGCCAAAACUGAAACAGGAGAACGAGAAGGCUGGGAAAACAGUCAGGUUUAGAGUAGCGUCUGCCAACAGCGGCCGGGUCUUGGCGGAGGUGUUCAAGGAUGAGAGAGCCUGGUGCGGCUCGGUGGAGGACUCUGUGGAGUCUGACCCGACCAGCAGCCCGGAGGCAGAGCAGCAGGGCGGCUCUCUCCCCACCAGCGAGGCCAACAGCCACCUGAACGGUUUGGUGGUGGAAGCAGCCGUGGACGAGAAUGGCUGUGAACCCGAUGACCUGCUUUUGUACGCCAGUGCCAAGAGAGAGAUGCUGUUUAGCAACAAGCGGAUCAAUAUCUGCAGCAAGAAUGGGACCGUGAGAGGAGUGAGGAACAAAGUGAGCGCAGGCCAAGUGCUUUUCAACAACCUCUCCAACAUGUACUCUGGUUCCCUUCGUCACCAGAAAAGGAGACCCUGGGAAAAGCAGUGAACAGCGUGGGAUUUCACACCGUGGGCACAUCAGGGAGGAGCAAUCCUGAGGAUGAAGAUUGUCUUACAGCUUUGCCUCCACCCUGAAUCCCUUUCAAUGACUUCUGUUUCUUCACGUGACGUGGAGUCAUUCAUGAUCCCAGCCUCAUAUUUACAUGUGCCUUCAGGAUAUUUUUGACCACAAAAUUUUUGAUUUGAC